AAGGCAGUGGGCGGGGCUUAAAUAAUUAAGUUAUAAAAUGGGCGUGGUUCAGAAUGGGGGCGGGGCUUACACGCCAGAUUUACGCGAGGGGCGUGGCUUAACCGGAUGUCCGGAGCGUGUGGGCCGUGCCCUAGGCGGCGGGGGCUCAGGGCGCAGGCGCACGUUGCUUAGCUCGCCUACCGGAAGCGGCCUAGGCUCUCCCCGUCCGCGUCCCCGAGCCAGUGCGCAGGCGCACUUCUCUUUCCCGGUCGCCGCCACCGCCUCCUCUUUCCGCUUCUCCAAGCCGGCGCCUCGGAGACGGGCGCGACUUCCGCUUCCGGGCGGGCGGGCAGGCGGGCGGCGCGGGGCUGCCGGGGAGGGGGAGGGGGCGGCACUUCCGGUCGGGCCCUCGGGUCUCCCCGGAGCGGCGGCGCCUCCUCCGCCUCCUCGGCCUCCUCCCGGCGGAGACCCCUGCGCCGGUGGAAACAGCUGCCUGUUUAGCUCCAGGCUCCAAUGAAACACUUCUGCUGUACCUCCCUCCUUUCCCCAAGCCAGGGUCUGCCGUCGCCCACCCCGCCCGAGAUGGAGGCAAACGCAGCGGGCGGUGCCGCCGGGGGCGGUGGGGGCAGCGGCAUAGGGGGCGAGGACGGGGUUCACUUCCAGAGCUACCCCUUCGACUUUCUGGAGUUCCUCAACCACCAGCGCUUCGAGCCCAUGGAACUGUACGGGGAGCACGCCAAGGCGGUGGCCGCCCUGCCCUGCGCCCCCGGGCCGCCGCCCCAGCCCCCGCCCCAGCCCCCUCCGCCCCAGUACGACUACCCGCCUCAGGCGACCUUCAAACCCAAGGCGGAGGCGCCGUCCUCGUCCUCGUCCUCCUCGUCGUCGUCCUCGUCGUCGUCGUCGUCGUCCUCCUCGCAGGCCAAGAAGCCCGACCCGCCCCUGCCGCCCGCCUUCGGGCCCCCUCCGCCCCCCCUAUUUGAUGCUGCCUUCCCCGCCCCGCAGUGGGGCAUCGUCGACCUGUCUGGACACCAGCACCUUUUUGGGAACCUGAAACGCGGAGGGCCCGCGACCGGGCCGGGGGUGACCCCGGGGCUGGCCUCUCCCACCGGGACCCCGGGGCCGCUUCCCGCCCCCUCACAGACCCCUCCGGGGCCCGCCGCAGGGGCGGCGGCCUGCGACCCGGCCAAGGACGACAAGGGCUACUUCCGGAGGCUCAAGUACCUGAUGGAGCGGCGCUUCCCCUGCGGCGUGUGCCAGAAGUCCUUCAAGCAGUCCUCGCACCUGGUGCAGCACAUGCUGGUGCACUCAGGCGAGCGGCCCUACGAGUGCGGCGUCUGCGGCCGCACCUACAACCACGUGUCCAGCCUCAUCCGCCACCGCCGCUGCCACAAGGACGUGCCGCCCGCUCCCGGGGGCCCGCCGCAGCCCGGGGCGCCCCUCCCGCCGCUGGGCCUGCCGGCGCCCGCGGCCGGCGCACCCCCCGCCGCCCCCACCCCCGUGCCCUCCGGCCCUCCCGCCCCGCCCCCAGCCGCCGCCGCCGCCGCCGGAGCCGGAGCCGCCGUGGCCUCCAGCGUGGCGGAGGCGGCCGGAGCCCCCGCUGGGGUGGGCGUGCCCCCUCCCGCGGCGGGGGGCGGCGAGGGCCCGUUUGCCUGCCCGCUGUGCUGGAAGGUCUUCAAGAAGCCCAGCCACCUCCACCAGCACCAGAUUAUCCACACCGGCGAGAAGCCCUUCUCCUGCUCCGUGUGCAGCAAGAGCUUCAACCGCAGGGAGAGCCUCAAGCGGCACGUGAAGACGCACUCUGCCGACCUCUUGCGCCUGCCAUGCGGCGUCUGCGGGAAGGCCUUCCGCGACGCCGCCUACCUGCUCAAGCACCAGGCGGCCCACGCGGGCGCGGGCGCGGCGGGACCCCGGCCCGUGUACCCCUGCGACCUGUGUGGCAAGUCGUACUCGGCGCCCCAGAGCCUGCUCCGCCACAAGGCGGCGCACGCCCCGCCCGCCACCGCCCCGGACGCGCCCAAGGACGCGGCGGCCGCGGUCGCGCAGCCCCCGCCAGCCUUCCCUGCAGGCCCCUACCUCCUGCCCCCGGACCCUCCGGCCACGGACAGCGAGAAGGCCGCGGCGGCCGCGGCGGCCGUGGUGUACGGCGCCGUGCCCGUCCCGCUCUUGGGGGCGCACCCGCUGCUGCUGGGCGGGGCUGGCACCAGCGCGGCGGGCGGCGCGGGCGCCAGCGUCCCCGGAAAGACCUUCUGCUGCGGCAUCUGCGGGCGGGGCUUCGGGCGACGCGAGACUCUGAAGCGCCACGAGCGCAUCCACACGGGCGAGAAGCCCCACCAGUGUCCCGUGUGCGGGAAGCGCUUCCGGGAGUCCUUCCACCUGAGCAAGCACCACGUGGUGCACACCCGCGAGCGGCCCUACAAGUGCGAGCUGUGCGGCAAGGUCUUCGGCUACCCGCAGAGCCUCACCCGCCACCGCCAGGUGCACCGCCUCCAACUGCCCUGCGCCCUGGCUGGGGCUGCGGGCCUCCCGGCCACGCAGGGUGCGCCCGGGGCCUGUGGGCCAGGCGCCUCGGCCGCCUCUGCCGGGGCCGCCGAUGCCCUGAGCUAUGCCUGCUCGGACUGCGGCGAACACUUCCCGGAUCUCUUCCACGUGAUGAGCCACAAGGAGGCCCACAUGGCAGAGAAGCCGUACGGCUGCGAUGCCUGCGGCAAGACCUUCGGCUUCAUCGAGAAUCUCAUGUGGCACAAGCUGGUCCACCAGGCUGCCCCCGAGCGCCUGCUCCCGCCCACACCCGGGGGUCCCCAACCCCCGGAUGGCUCCAGCAGCGCCGACGCGGCCAGCGUGCUGGACAACGGGCUGGCGGGAGAGGUGGGGGCGGCCGUGGCUGCCCUGGCGGGGGUGUCCGGGGGUGACGACGCCAGCGGGACGGCGGUGGCGGGGGGCGGCGGGGGUGCCAGCUCGGGCCCUGAGCGCUUCAGCUGCGCCACGUGUGGCCAGAGCUUCAAACACUUCCUGGGCCUGGUGACUCACAAGUACGUGCACCUGGUGCGGCGGACCCUAGGCUGUGGCCUCUGCGGCCAGAGCUUCGCCGGUGCCUACGACCUGCUCCUGCACCGCCGCAGCCACCGGCAGAAGCGGGGCUUCCGCUGCCCGGUGUGCGGCAAGCGCUUCUGGGAGGCGGCCCUGCUGAUGCGCCACCAGCGCUGCCACACGGAGCAGCGGCCCUACCGGUGCGGCGUGUGUGGCCGAGGCUUCCUGCGCUCCUGGUACCUGCGGCAGCACCGCGUGGUGCACACCGGCGAGCGCGCCUUCAAGUGCGGCGUGUGCGCCAAGCGCUUCGCGCAGUCGUCCAGCCUGGCGGAGCACCGGCGGCUGCACGCCGUGGCCCGGCCCCAGCGCUGUGGCGCCUGCGGCAAGACCUUCCGCUACCGCUCCAACCUGCUGGAGCACCAGCGGCUGCACCUGGGGGAGCGCGCCUACCGUUGCGAGCACUGCGGGAAGGGCUUCUUCUACCUGAGCUCGGUGCUGCGCCACCAGCGCGCCCACGAGCCGCCGCGGCCCGAGCUCCGCUGCCCUGCCUGCCUCAAGGCCUUCAAGGACCCCGGCUACUUCCGUAAACACCUGGCGGCGCACCAGGGCGGACGGCCCUUCCGCUGCUCCUCCUGUGGGGAGGGCUUCGCCAACACCUAUGGCCUCAAGAAACACCGCCUGGCGCACAAAGCCGAGGGCCUCGGGGGACCUGGGGCAGGGGCGGGCGCCUUGGCCGGAAAAGAUGCCUGACCAGGAGGGGGUUCCCAUCCGCCACUCCAAUCAGAUGUCCCCUCUCAACCCCUCCCCUCCUUCUCUCCAGUUGCUGAUCAGACUCUUAACCCCUCCUCGCUGUUGCCCAGCCAUCCUUCAGAACUUCGGACAGACUAGCCUCCUUGCAGGCUCAUGAUGCCGCACAGACUCCCGUCCCGGACGUCUCUGGCCCUCCCCUCAGCCCGUCAGACACUGAACUUGACCCUCCGUCCAACUCCGUUUUGUAACCUUCAUCAGCGCCCCCUCCCCCAGCAGCAUUCUGUCCCCCGAUAAGCUUUGGUGGAGGAUGUGGGUCUGAACUGCCCUUCCCCAUUCCUUUGGGAUCUGGCUGGAACCGAGUAUGCGUGGAGUUGGGAGGGCACAAGGGGGACUGGGUGCUCUUUUGGAUUGUGGGGGUGGGGGCGGGGUGGUAGACGCGGCUUGUACAGAGCGGAGAAUAAUAAAUCGUAUCAACAGGGCUACCAGAGUCCUUUCUUGUAUCCCAGGGAGAGGGGAUUAAGCGCUGACAAAGUUGAGAACUUUUGUUUCCCAGGGAUUUUGAUUCCCCGACACCCUCUGCCUCACCCUCAGGCUUUCUGCUUUGCCUCAUCCAAAUGACAAUUACUGAGGAUUUACCGUAUCCAAGCUUCAGUCUGCACGUUGGGCAAAGGGAGAUGAACAAGACAGGUAAGUUUCUGUUCUCAGAAACUCACAGUGUGCCUGGACUCCUUCCCCUUUUGAGAUGUUUUUGGCGUUUGUUCGUCUGGCCCACAUUUCCAGAAGCCCUCCCCCACCCCCCAACGUCUGCUGGGUCCUUCACUGGACACCGGGGAAACAUGAAUUGGACACGCUCCUUGCCCUCAAUGGAGGAGAACCCCUGUGUUCCCGCGUUGCACAGACUCCUCGACCAUCGCACCCAUCUGUCCAGGAUAAUUGGGAGGGGCUUCAAAAGCCCUUCCACGGCGCUCACUUCCGUUGUUGGAACAGUGAGCCAGCUAUGUGCUCUCUGUGUUGUUAUCCCAUCUGUCCGAAGAGGAGGCGGAGGUCCUGGAGAAGAAAGAGGCUCCAGGGACUCCCAGCAAAUCCACAGUAGAACGGGGACUGCAGGCCCAGGGUGCUCAGUGCUGGGACUGGAAGACAAAGCUGGUUCAGGGGGCAUGGCCUGGGCAGGUUCGGCUUGACCCACUCCGGGGCAGCAACCUAGUGUGGCCAACCUAUGGCAAUGCUGAAGACCUGGACUGAGAGAGUCCUUGUGCCAGGGCCCCAGGGUUCGAAAGUCCCACGGACCCAGAGCCACACCACAAAACGUCCACAGAAUUAUCCCUGAGGGCAGAGAGCAUGGAGGAGUCGCUUUGUGAGGCUGGGGGGUAGCCAAGCUCCCUGGAGGAGAAAGUAAUGCCUGAACAAUAACAAGCCACAGAAGCUUGCCAGGUAAAGUGGGCACAGAAUUCUGGGUGGAGGGUUGAGUGUGUUUAACUGAACCCAGCUGUU